AGUUGGAAUUUAAAUGCAUAUACCACUAACUAAAUUAACUAAAAUAUGUGAAAUUCCAACUUUUAUAGUAAGAAAAUUCUAAAGUUACCAAGUGUUUGUAAAAGCGAAUAGAAGAUUGAGACUUACUUUUGCCUGCAAUUUUACUAGAAUUGGAAGUCUAACUUCUACAUAAGCCCUUUUUGAUAUUACGGAAACAUGUUUCGUACGAGUCAAAUUUCGUUUCACAUUGUCAAAUGUGUGCGUUUGACCGGCCAACAGCAACAAUUAGUUUUAUAUUGCAGUCAACCGGCAGCACAGGCAAGGCUAAACAAUAAUCCUUCAGGAUUAACUGAUGAAAUAAUACGAGUCGAUCAUGCUGGUGAGUUGGGAGCUGAUCGGAUAUAUGCGGGGCAAAUGGCUGUGCUUGGCAAUGGACCGAUGGGCAAAACUAUAGCUCACAUGUGGGAUCAAGAGAAAGAGCAUCGGAGACAAUUUGAAGAGUUGAUACGAAAAUAUCGCGUCAGACCUACAGUAAUGACACCUAUAUGGAAUUUGGCUGGUUUUGCAUUAGGAGCGGGAACUGCUUUGUUGGGAGAAAAGGCUGCUAUGGCUUGCACAGUAGCAGUGGAAACGGUAAUUGUCGAACACUAUAAUGAUCAAUUACGACAAAUAAUGGAAUCGCCUAAUCCUGAUCAGGAGUUACUAGAAACUAUUACAAAAUUUCGUGAUGAAGAGCAAGAGCAUCAUGAUAUUGGUAUAGAUUGUGGAGCCGAAGAAGCUCCGUUUUAUAAAGCCUUGACGGAAGUUAUAAAAUUGGGGUGUAAAACAGCAAUUGCAAUAUCAAAAAAAAUCUGAAAUGUAUUUACAUAUAUCUUUUAUAAAA